CCAUAACUACAAAGCACCGUAAUUCUCCUAGUACUAUUACUAUUAUUUUUUUGCCUGAAUCGGUCACUGGGUGACUGUGUGUCAAUCACUCCAUUGUUUGGGAAAGGGAUAAAAAAGCUGCCCCCACAAAAUACCUCAUGGUUAAAAAAAAAAAAAUUGCUCACAAACAAACAAAACCUUAGUAAACCAUCGUCUUCAAAUACACAGUGGUACACGUACACUCACGCACAGUCACCCAUACACACACACACACACUCACACACACUUUCACGCCCCCCUUUCCUCCUUUUACUUACUUUUGCUGUGUCAAUUAUUCUCUUUUUGUUUCCCCCAGGUAAUGAAAUCAGAGGUUUUGGUAAAAUAAAUCUCUGAUAAGAGGAAGAAAAGAUGGUGAAAAAAGUAAAAGAAAUGAGGGACAGAUAAAGAGAGAAAAAAAGUAGAUAGUAAAAGCCCACUAGUUUGUUUACCUGUGGGGGUGAGUGUGUGUGUUUGUGGAGAAGUGGGGAUGAAGAUUGAAGAAAGAAAGACUCUUUCUUUACUUUGUGGUUCAUAAGGAUUUGCAAAGUUGUUGCUGCUGUUGCUUCUGAAACAACCCGGAUAGAUAAUUUUUUUUUUGCUGUUUUGCUGGUUUACCCUCCCCUCCAUUGGUAGUUUCAUUUGUCAAAGCAAAAAAGGGCUUUCAUUUUAAUUUGUUCAUCUCAGAAAGAGAGGGAAAAUUAGAAAAGAAGAAGUCCUAAAGAAACUUAUAAGGGGGAAAAAAAGGAAGAGAGAGUGGGGGAGAGACAAAGAAAGAGAGAUGGUGGGCUCAGGAGCAUCAGAUAGGAGCAAAGAAGCAGUUGGGAUGAUGGCCCUUCAUGAGGCCCUUAGAAGCGUCUGUCUCAACACAGACUGGACUUAUUCAGUCUUCUGGACCAUUCGUCCUCGCCCGUAUUGCCCCUACUUUUCAAUCAUUUUCUUCCUCUUUGAGUGUCAACUCUGUUAUUUCUUUGUCUUUCUUUGAUUAAGCCCACGUCGUAUGUUGAAUCAUUUGAAGCAUAUAUGUCGAUUUCUUGAGUUUUUUGAACUAAUCCUUCAUUUGGGGUUUUUUUUUGUUCCAUUUCCUGCAGGAGAGUCAGAGGUGGCAAUGGAUGCAAAGUUGGUGAUGACAAUGGUAGCUUGUGAGUGCUAAAGAUUUCAUUUUUAAUCUCUCCCUUUUCUUUCUCUGUUUCUUUAAUUUUAUUUUCAUUUUUUGGUGGGGUUCAAGAUGAGCAGCAUCAGCUGCACUGCAUUAUUGAAAAAUUAGUAUCAAGUUGUUUGUUUUAUGGUUUAGUUUUUAGUACUGCUAAUUAAGCACUUCACUAAUUUUUUUGUGGUACUGGUUUUGCUUUGUUGCUUUUUUGUGUGAUGCAGGAUGUUGAUGUGGGAAGAUGGGUUCUGCAGAGGAAGAGUUGGGGAGUGUUUGGAUGAAAUUGAUGGAGAAGAUCCUGUCAGGAAAGCCUUCAGCAAAAUGUCUAUUCAGUUAUAUAAUUAUGGAGAAGGGUUGAUGGGGAAGGUGGCUUCUGAUAAGUGCCAUAAAUGGGUCUUCAAGGAGCCUACAGAAUGUGAACCAAAUAUCUCCAAUUACUGGCAGAGUUCAUUUGAUGCUCUUCCUCCUGAAUGGACAGAUCAGUUUGAUUCGGGUAUUCAGACAAUUGCCGUGAUUCAAGCUGGCCAUGGCCUUCUGCAACUUGGUUCUUGCAAGAUUAUACCUGAAGAUCUCCACUUUGUGCUAAGAAUGAGACACACAUUUGAAUCUUUGGGCUACCAAUCUGGCUUUUACCUAUCGCAGUUAUUUUCCUCAACAAGGAAUGCUUCAUCUCCUGCAGCAGCAGGAGUUCCUAUGAAGCAGCCUGGCAUUCCAAUUCGUCCUCCACCUCCUCUAUAUAAUUGGGGUCCAAGGCCAAUGCCUACAGCCAAUGCAGUUCUUGCAUCUCCCAACUUUCAAAAUUCAGCUAGGCUCGGCAUUCCACCAUCCAAAGACGAGCCUCAUAUGUUCCUUUUGCCUCAUUCAUCCGAACCACGAAUGGAGGACAUGAUGGGAGAUCACGAAAACGAUAUCAAGUGGCCUAAUGGAUUGACCUUCUUCAGUGCUCUGACUGGACGGAGCGAUGAUGCUAAGCUCUUGUUCAAUCCUGAUGGUUUGGGUGCCAAGCCGGACCAUGGAAAUCCAAAUUCAGAUGCGUCAAGUUUGCAUAACAACGGCAGCGCAAAUCCCAACGACUUCUUAAGCUUGGAUAGCCAUCAAGAUAGUGUCCGGAAAAUGGAGAAUAAGUUCAAGAGGAGCUUUACAUUGCCAGCGAGAAUGACUUCGUCUUCGUCUUCCACCUCGCUUGAUCAUCACCAUCAGCACAAUCCUGCAGGAGAAUACAGGAAUGAAGCAGGAAUGUACUCUCAUGAUGUUAUGGAAACUUAUUUGGAAUGAGUUUGUAAGCCAGGGGGGAUUAAGGGUGCAGAGAGUUGUAUUUAGGAAAGCCCCUUUAGCUUAUGCUUCUUUUAUUUUUUGGCCCCCCCCUCUUUCCCUUAGUAUUUAUUGUUCUGCUUUAGACUGAUAGUAUGUUCUUUCCAUCAAAUGGGCAUUUUUCUUUUGUUUGUUUAGACUUUCAUUUUCAUUUUAGUGAAAUGUUCAACUCUUUAACGACCCAAAAUGCUGAUGAUGAAACCAUGG